CUCUGUAGUAAUUUGCAGCAGAUGACCACUUGGGGGAUGGAGGCAUACUGGGGAGGUGAGCGUUUCCUCAGACCGCACCAGAGCGCGCUGCGCAAAUUAAUUCAUUGUAUGGACAGUCCUGUUUAGGGACCGGACUCGCGAGUUUGCAGGGUCUACGGAGCACUUCGCGGCGCAACAUGCGGAUCAUGGACGCCUCGGCAUCCGCUGCAGAAGAGGAGAGGAGUGACUGCACCUGAGGCGACGCGACACGAGGCGAAUGUGGCACCAGGCUGAGGCUGUGCCAGCUGCCGUAUGGGAAUGGAUACCAACACUUUGGCGGCGGUCCUGUGCCUUCUGUUGUUGUCUGUCGAAGGGUUUGUCUCGUCCUCGCCGGAGAGGUUCUGCCCGGAGCGGUGUGACUGUCAGCACGCACAGCAGCUCCUCUGCACCAACCGCGGAUUGCGCACUGUGCCCAAAGUCGCUUCCCCUCCCGAGGAGGUGCUGAUCUAGCUCGGGGGGAACUUCAUCAGUAACAUCUCGUCUUUCGACUUCGCGCGGUUUAGCAACCUUAUCCGGUUGAAUCUGCAGUACAAUCAAAUACGAACCAUUCACGUCAAAGCAUUUGAGAAACUCUCCGGGCUGGAAGAGCUGUAUUUGGGACACAACCUGUUACCGGCAAUACCUCCUGGGAUUUUGCAGCCGUUAAAGAAAUUAACGAUACUAUACAGCAAUAACAAUGGCAUCAAAAUCACAGCGGAGCUCUUCGCCAAUUUGGACAGCCUCGUUAAGCUGCGAUUGGACGGCAACGCCAUAGAACAGUUGCAGGACUCUGUUUUCAAGAGCUUGACUAAUCUGCACUAUCUCCAUCUUGAAUCCAACCAGCUGCAUCACAUUCAGAACGCCUUUUCGAAGCUCGCCAACCUGCGCUUCCUAAACCUGGCGCACAACAAACAGUCCGCCGUGCGCGACGUCGUCCUGUUUUCCCAGCUCAGAGCUCUGACAACUCUCCUGCUUUCUGAGAACGAAAUCCAGCACGUCGGGAACCACGUUUUCCAACAUCUGAAAAAGCUGUCCCAGCUCUCCCUCAGCAACAACAAAAUCUCCCGUGUGGACAUCGGGGCUCUGAAGGGCCUGUCGGGCGUCAGACAGCUUUUGAUUGACGGCAACGAGCUGACGGAAAUCCCCGCGCGUCUCCUCGACCCCCUGCAGCGCCUGGAAGAGCUGGACUAGCGCAACCGCAUUUCCAACGUGCACGCGUCGGCUUUCUCGCAACUCAAACGCCUGAAGGUGCUGAAGCUGAAGGACAACCGCCUCGCCAGCCUCUCGGGGGACAUCUUCGCCCUCAACAACGUCCUUAACGACUUGGACCUCCAUGGCAACAACUGGACCUGCGACUGUCGCCUGGAGGAGCUGAAGCGGUGGAUGACCUCUGCGCACGCUCAGGGCAAACUGUUGACUGGGUUUGUGCAGUGUCGAUAUCCGCCAACGCUGAGGGGGAAAUAUCUGGACGAUGUGAACAGCUCCCAGCUGGAGCCCCUCGGGAACUGGACCCGCCUGUGUGAGAGUCAAGCCGAGCCUGAGGAGAGCCGCAGAGGGGAGGUGCUGGAGAAGAAGCUUGGGGACGGGGGGGACACGACGGAGGUGAUGCGCCACAGGAGGAGACAGGGUGGGAAAAUGGAGAAGGUCGGGAAAAGAAAGAGGAUGGCAGGAGAGGCGAGGUGGACGAGAGAGUUGCAGUUCACGUGGAAGUGACAGGGGAGGUGGACGGGGAGGGCUCGGCGAGGAGAGAGGGAGUGAUGAGGAAGAGAAAGAGAGAGAAAGAGGGGGGGAAUCCAGGGAGAUCAGGGGGGUCCAGAUGUUGCAGACACAUCUCCCUCACCGCAGAGGAAGAAACUCAAGAAAGUGUCGGUCCGCCCGAGGUCACGACCUGCCGCUGAGGCAGCGGUGAGACGAGCCAAAGGUAAACGAAAGUCAAACGCCAACGAGAGAACUGAUCCACCAGUCUCUUUUACCCCCACCACCCCCGCUUACAAUGACACUAAUGAUAGACACUCAUAUGAUCCGGUCACACAGCUCACCACCUCUUCCACAGGAGAGAAGUUUGAUCUUCUGAGGUCAAAUCAGGAGGAGGCGCUUCCUGUCAUCACAGACCCCUGUGUGUUCAACCGCCAUUUCAUCACCAAUGUGUCAGUGGACCAUGUCACCUCCAGCACCGUCACAAUCCACUGGACAACCAGAGACCACCAACGCCACACACCUGGCCAGGGACGGGGUCUGGAUGAGGUCCAUUUCCGGGUUCUGUUCGACAGGUUCGGCACAGCGGACCGUUUCCCCCGCUACGUUUACCCGCCCGCGCCAUGGCGCGGCUCAGUGACCCUUCGUGAACUCAGCUCAGACGUGACCUACAUGGUUUGUGUCGAAGGAGUGGUGGGAGGGUCCGUGUGCCAGGUUGCACCCCGCGACCACUGCGCCGGGCUGGUCACCCUCCCAGAGCAGCACAGCAGAGGUGGCGGUCUGACCUCUGACCUCCAGCUCAUCACCGUAGUGACGCUGGCGGGAAACGCCGUGCUACUCCUCGUGAUUGGCGGGGUCUGGCUUGGGCGGAGCCUGAGGCGGCGGCUACAGAAGAGGAAGUCAGCGGUGCACGUGCGACACAUGUACUCCACCCGGCGACCGUUCCGGCCCGCCAUGGCAACCGCUGCAGCAUCCACCGACUUUACCAGCUACCAGAGCAGCCGUCCAGCGCGGCUCGCAACUCUCAAGGAGGGUGACCUCAUUGAGUUCCCAUGUGACCGUUUCCUAGACAACAGUGCCACUCACAGAGAUAGUGACAUGCAGAGAUUUUCUGACUAAGAAAAACAUUUAAACUCUUGACAAAGACAGCAAUGUACAUUUGAGGGGUUGUUUGCAGACCAUUUGAUCCAGGCUUUGGGAUAUAGUAGGAAAUACCAUUUCUGGUCACAGAGCAGUAUCACAUUAAAGCCAUGGGUGCAUUUUGUAAGCCAAAGUUUGCAAUUUCUCCAUCUAGAUUUUCAUUUGCAUUCGUAACUGCAAGACGUGCAUGCUGUUAGUUAUUAUGGCAGAGCUAAAGGGACAAUGAACAGCUGAGCUCAUCAGGACCUUCUCAGACACUCCAGGAAAUCAUGCCUCCUGACUUCCUCUUCCUGGCUUGGGCCUUUCCUCCUUUACUUCCUGACACCUGCGAGUGUUCCUAAAUGUGCGAUUUGCCCUGGAUGUAAGUGUGCGUGCAUGAGUGAGUGUCAACCGAUUUCAACUAUGGUGCUAAUAAUGAACAUAUAGACAUCAUAAUGUCUCCUCACAUAAUUUUGUACCAUAAACAAUGAUAGCUGCUGGCUGGCAGGAAAAAAAAUGUUUUGUGUUACUUCUGUCAUGUUAUUAGACUUUUAUACUGAAUUUUGUAUUAUUCUGCAGUAUAAGAAGGCGAAGUAAAAUUC